AUGAAGUACCUUUGGACCUUGUCUCUAUGCCUCUGCAGUCUUUUGGAUGUCACCGAUGCAGUUGUCAUUCCAGAAACUCCUGGGCCACAGCCUGGAAAGUUCAAGGCAUCUCCCCCCCUGGGUAUUCCCAUUGACCGCAAGGGCUGGACCGUGACCUGCUCCAGCCAGCAGUCGGGCAAGGACUGUGCCAAAGCCAUCGAUGGCAACACUGCGACUUUCUGGCAAACCAAUGCCAAUCCGAAGGCGCCUGUCACUAUCACGGUCGACAUGAAAACCCCCCGUAAUAUCAACGGUCUCUCUCAGCUUCCACUUCAGGACAACAGCAACAACAUCGGCAACUGGAUAGAACGCCACAGCGUUUUCCUCAGCACGGACGGGAAGAACUGGGGUUCCCCUGUGGCAACAGGAACUUGGUGGACUGAUAAAACCGAGAAAUUUUCCAAUUUCGAACCACAGAGGGUCCGCUAUGUCCGCUUGGUUGCCAUCCCCGACGAAACGCGCGAUAACCACCGAAUCAGUCUCGCGGAACUCAACAUCUACGCAGCCUCCUCUAAUAGCAACCAAGAACCCGGGCUAGGACGCUGGGGCCCUACUCUUGACUUCCCUGUUGUUCCCGUGGCCGGUGCUGUUGAGCCAACAAGCGGCCAGGUCGUUGUCUGGUCUGCACGAGCUUAUUUUGUACCUGCCUAUCGCUAUGAUGACUUUCAGCAUCUGAAUCCUCGUGGUGGCUUGACCCUGAGCGCCGUGUGGGACCCAGCUACCGGCGAUAUUACCCAGCGUAAUAUUACCCUCACUCACCACGACAUGUUCUGUCCGGGUAUUUCUAUGGAUGGAGAUGGGCAGAUUGUUGUGACAGGCGGCAACGACGCCAAAAAGACAAGCCUCUACGACUCUCCCAGCGACUCUUGGAUCACAGGCCCCGAGAUGAACAUUGCACGUGGCUACCAAUCAUCCGCCACAACGUCCGACGGCCGUGUCUUUACCAUUGGUGGCUCUUGGAGUGGCCCCAGGGGUGGGAAGAAUGGUGAAAUCUACAAUCCAGACUUGAAAAGCUGGACUUUGCUCCCGGGGGCUCUUAUUAAGCCAAUGCUUACGGCUGAUAAAGAAGGCGUCUAUCGUUCUGACAAUCACGGCUGGCUAUUUGGCUGGAAGAAGGGAACUGUCUUCCAAGCCGGCCCAAGCACUGCCAUGAACUGGUACUACACCAGGGGAGCCGACGGUGAUGUGAAGCCGGCUGGCAAACGACAAGUUGGUGAUAGCGUUGACCCGGAUUCCAUGUGUGGAAACUCGGUCAUGUAUGAUGCGGUCAAGGGAAAGAUCCUUACCUUUGGCGGCUCCCCCAAUUACCGGUACUCUGACUCGACAGCUAAUGCACACAUCAUCACCAUCGGCGAGCCCGGAAGUGUUGCCAAGACAGCUUUCGCGGGCGGUGGCCAAGGAUUACACCCUCGCAUCUUUCACACGUCGGUUGUACUUCCCGACGGAACCGUCUUUAUCACCGGAGGCCAAAAGCAUUCCGAGCCUUUUGUAGAUUCGACCCCCCAGCUGGAACCCGAGAUGUACCUCCCUGCGUCUGAUUCCUUCGUCAAGCAGCAAAGUAAUUCAAUCGUCAGAGUCUAUCAUAGUAUCUCUCUGCUACUGCCGGAUGGAAGAGUCUUCAAUGGCGGCGGCGGACUUUGUGGUACUUGCACGACAAACCAUUUUGAUGCCCAAAUUUUUACACCAAAUUAUCUUUUCGAUAAGAACGGCAACCUCGCAAUGCGGCCAAGGAUCUCGAGCACCUCAACCAAGACGGCCAAAGUGGGCAGCACCAUCACGUUUACUACCAAUGGUCCGGUCAAGCAGGGCUCGUUGAUUCGAUACGGGACUGCUACACACACGGUCAACACUGACCAGCGGCGUAUUGCUCUGAUGUUUACCAACGCUGGGACGAAUAGGUACUCAUUCAGAAUUCCAAACGACCCUGGCAUUGCUCUCCCGGGAUAUUGGAUGCUCUUUGUUCUCAACUCGGCGGGGGUACCGAGUGUCGCUACUACUAUCAAGGUGACGAAUUGA